AUGCUGAACUGCAUUCACAUUAAACUGCAGGUUGGGAAAUUUAUCCAAGUAUCAGCUACAUUCGUUGUUGGAUUAAUAAUAGCUUUUAUUAAAGGGUGGCGUCUAGCGUUGGUCUUGUUAUCUUCAAUUCCUCCACUUGUUUUCUCUUCUGCUGUCUUGACUGUCCUUCUGUCAAGAGUAGCAUCCCUUCCUCAGACUGCCAAUUCAGAAGCUGCAACUGUGGUUGAACAGACAAUAAGCUCAAUUAGAACUCUGUGCAUUCACCAAGGGCGAAGGGCUAUUUCACAAUAUCACAGUUGUCUGAACAAAGCCUACCGUUCUGGUGUACAAGAGGGACAGGAUUUGGCUCCAGGGAUCUAUGUCGGCGGUUAUUAUUUUUUCUACUAUACAAGUUAUGCUUUAGCAAUAUGGUAUGGUUCAAAAAUGGUUUUGGACCACAACUAUACUGGAGGAGAUGUGAUGAAUGUCAUUAUAGAUACGCUGGUUGUUUCCCUUAAUUUAAGAGACGCAACUCUAUGCUCGUGUGCGUUUGCUGCUGGAAGAGCUGCAGCAUCUAAAAUUUUCCAGACGAUAAACAGAGAGCCAGUAAUAGAUCCUUAUGAUAUGAAAGGAAAGAAACUUCUUGAGAUUAGUGGUGGCAUUGAACUUAAGAAUGUUCAUUUCUGUUAUCCUGCAAGACCACAAGAGAUCAUACUUGAUGGUUUCUCUGUAUCGAUACCUAAGGGAACAACGACAGCUCUAGUAGGACGAAGUGGAAGUGGAAAAUCGACUGUCAUCAGUCUAAUUGUGAGGUUCUAUGAUCCACAGGCUGGUGAAGUUCUGAUUGAUGGUAUAAACAUCAAAAAAUUUCAGUUUAGGUGGAUCAGGGGAAAAAUCGGCCUGGUUAGCCAGGAACCUGUGCUAUUUAGUUCGACGAUAAAGGAUAAUAUUGCCUAUGGGAAGGAUGAUGCAACUCUUGAAGAAAUUAAAGCAGCAGUUCAACUCGCCAAUGCAUCCAAGUUCAUUGAUAAAUUACCUCAGGGACUGGACACCAGAGUUGGCGAUCAUGGAAGUCAUUUAUCUGGAGUACAAAAGCAAAGAAUUGCUAUUGCAAGAGCUAUACUGAAGGACCCCAAAAUACUACUUCUAGAUGAAGCUACAAGUGCUCUUGAUGCAGAAUCCGAAAGGAUUGUUCAAGAGACAUUGGAUAGUGUCAUGGUCAACCGAACUACAGUAAUAGUUGCACAUCGCUUGAGCACAGUUAAGAAUGCUGAUACAAUAGCCGUACUUCAGGAGGGAAAGGUCAUCGAAAAAGGUUCUCACUUGGAAUUAAUGAGAAACAAGGAAGGAGCAUAUGUUCAGCUUAUACAGUUGCAAGAGCUUAGCAAAUAUUCAGGAGAGCAAGAGUCAAAUGAACUGGAUUGUAUGGGCUCGUCCAGGACUAAGAAUAGCAGUCAUCAUUUGUCGCCCAUUUCAGUUAGUGAUGCAGAGAAAGACGUUGGGAAACGUCAUUUUACUAAUUCAACAGCUGUAAAGAGGAAGGAUAAAGACAACACGUUUUGUCGCUUGGCCUUAAUGAGCAGACCAGAGAUUCCAGAAUUAUUACUUGGUUGCAUAGCUGCAGUGGUUAAUGCUCUAAUAUUACCUAUUUUUGGGUUACUUCUUGCUUAUGCUAUCAAGACUUUCUAUGAACCAGCUCACGAACUCAGAAAGCAUUCAAGAUUUUUGUCAUUGAUAGCUGUUGGUCUAGGAUUGGCAUCUUUAGUAGCAGCAUCCAUGAAGACGUUCUUUUUCGCUGUAGCAGGAUGUAAGUUAAUCAAGAGAAUUCGCCUAAUGUGCUUCGAGCAGAUUGUUUACAUGGAUAUUAGUUGGUUCGACAGCGAAGCAAACUUGAUUGCAAUUGGCUCUCAAUUAUCUACGGAUGCAGCAUCUGUCCGAGGUAUAGUUGGAAGCUCACUUGAUCUUCUUGUGCAGAACACUUCAACAGCUAUAGCUGGAUUAGUUAUUGGACUUGAAGCAAGUUGGAAAUUGACACUCAUAAUGAUAGUUAUGGUACCUCUAAUUGGAUUAAAUGAAUAUCUGCACGUGAAAUUACUUAGUGCUCUUGGCGCUGAUGCGAAGAAACUAUACGAGGAUGCGAGUCAAGUUGCUAGUGAAGCAGUUGGAAGUAUCAGAACAGUGGCUUCUUUCUCUGUUGAAGAGAAGGUGGUGCAAUUGUACGAAAGAAAAUGUGAAGGUCCCGUUAGAGCUGGAAUAAAAGAAGGGCUAUUGAGUUCUGCAGGCUUUGGUUUUUCAAUGUUCUGCUGGUACUAUGCUUAUGCCGUCAGCUUUUAUGCUUCUGCUAGGUUGAUUGAGUCCGGUAAGGUCACAUUUGCUGAGGUUCUUCGGGUUUUCUAUGGUCUUAUCAUUACAGUUACCACGAUUUCUCGAUCAAUCGGCCUUGCUCCUGACUUCACCAAAGCCAAAACUGGUGCAUCCUCUAUCUUUGCUCUUCUUGACAGGAAAUCCAAGAUAGACUCGAGUGAUAACUCAGGAAUGACAUUAGACAAUGUGAAGGGAAACAUUGAGUUUCAACAUAUCAGUUUCAAUUAUCCAAGUCGACCUGAGGUUCAAGUCCUAAAAGAUCUAUGCCUUGCCAUUAACUCUGGUCAGAUGGUUGCUCUCGUGGGAGAAAAUGGGAGCGGAAAAUCAACAGUUAUUUCCUUGUUGCAAAGAUUUUAUGAUCCGGAUUCAGGCCUAGUCACAUUAGAUGGAAUUGAAUUUCAAAAGCUGAAUGUGAAAUGGUUGAGAUUGCAAAUGGGAUUAGUAAGCCAGGAGCCUAUAUUGUUCAAUGACACUAUUUGAGCGAACAUAGCAUAUGGGAAAGAAAGUGAUGCCACUGAGGCAGAAAUAUUUGUUGCUGCCAAGUUAUCCAAUGCUCACAGCUUUAUCAGUGGCUUACUACAGGGCUAUGAAACACUAGUUGGUGAAAGGGCCACCCGUCUAGUUGGUGAAUGGGGCACACGUCUAUCUGGUGGACAGAAACAAAGAGUUGCAAUUGCAAGAGCUAUAGUGAAACCAAAGACACUUUUACUCGACGAGGCCACAAGUGCACUUGACUCUGAGUCUGAGAAAUUAGUUCAAGAUGCACUUCAUAGAGUAAGAUCCGGCAGAACAACAGUUGUGGUGGCUCAUAGAUUGUCCUCAAUUAAAGACGCUGAUGUUAUUGCUGUAAUCAAAGAUGGUGUCAUUGUGGAGAAAGGAAACCAUGAAACUUUGGUUAAAAGACAAGAUGGUGUUUAUGCUUCUCUAGUCUCAAAAUCUGCUAGCACUAUGAAGUAGAACAUAAAACGGUAGCCCCCUGGCGCACAAAGCAUUCUGCAUUCACGCAAGUUCCAGGAAGGGUCGCAAACCAAUGGGGCGUGAUCAUCAGUAGCUGGUUCCACAACUAGAACCCGUGAUCUAUAGGUCAUUGGAGACAACUAAUAAGUGGUAGCCCUUAAAUUCAUAUAUCUGGCUCUUGGAUCAGGUCUUGCUACAUUUACCC